GCUUUUAUCCUUUUGGCCUCUGUUCCUUCGCAUAGACGAUAGGUCAAUACGAAGCUAGUUUGAUUUUUGAGUAGCUGAACGAUGGCCUCCACCAGCACCCAAUUUCAGGACGGAGCUUCUCUCUCAUCUGGGUCUAGUUCCUGGAAAUACGACGUCUUCUUGAGCUUUAGAGGCGCAGACACCCGCAGCGGCUUCGUUGACCAUCUCUAUUCGGCUCUGCAUCAGAAGGGCAUUUUCACGUUCAAGGAUGACCUGAAGCUCGAGAGAGGUGAGUCCAUUUCUCCGGCGCUCCUGAAAGCCAUCGAAGAGUCGAGGCUUGCCCUCGUUAUUUUCUCCGAGAACUACGCUUCUUCCAAGUGGUGCUUGGAGGAACUCGUUAAGAUCCUCGAGUGCCAGAAGACGAGGGGACUCACCGUUUUGCCGGUUUUCUACAAAGUAGAUCCCUCGGAUUUACGGAAACAAAGAGGAAGCAUUGGAGAAGCAUUCGCCAGACACGACCGAUAUUCCAACGAAGAGAAGGAGAAGCAGAAGGUGCAGAGAUGGAGGAAUGCUCUAAUGGAAGCGGCCAAUAUUUCUGGGUGGGAUUCAGAAAAUGGCACAACCCACGGGCUUGAAGCAAAACUUGUCCGAGAAAUCGUCAAAGACAUUCUUAGUAAAUUGGGGGAUAAGGAUUCAAGCAUUCUUGAUUAUGUUGUUGGAUUAGAUCCUCGUGUAGCAGAAGUGAAAUCACUGUUGGGUAUAGGAUUGGAUGAUUCAUGUAUGGUGGGGAUAUGUGGAAUGGGUGGUAUAGGAAAGACUACCAUUGCCAAGGCUGUUUAUAACCAAAUUUGUUCUGAGUUUGAUGGUAGCAGCUACCUUGCAAAUGUCAGAGAAACUUCUAAGAAACAUGGUUUGGAGUCAUUGCAAGAAUUGCUUCUCUCUGACAUCCUCUUAGACAGUGAUAUAAAAAUAAGAAAUCUUGAUCGAGGGCUUAGUAUGAUAAUGAACAGGGUACGAUACAUGAGGGUUCUUAUAGUCCUCGACGAUGUGGACCGGCUAAAUCAACUGGAAGCACUUGUUGGUAAGCUUGAUUGGUUUGGUUCAGGGAGCCGGAUUAUAAUAACAACAAGAGACUCUCAUUUACUUGAUAUACUUGAAGUGAAUCAUGUGUAUAAUGUCAAGGAACUAAAUCACGGAGAAGCUUUAAAGCUAUUUUGUUGUAAAGCAUUUAGGAAAAACCAACCAACACAGGGUUAUGAGGGGCUCACAAACAGUGUAGUUCAUUACGCUAAAGGAGUUCCAUUAGCUCUCCAAGUUUUGGGCUCUUUUCUCUUUGGAAGAAGCAUAAUUGAAUGGCGAAGUGCAGUUGAUAGAUUAAGGCAACAGCCCAAUGCAGAAAUUCAGGACGUGCUCAAAUUAAGCUAUGAUGGACUGGACCAUGAGGAGAAGGAAAUUUUUCUUGACAUUGCGUGCUUCUUUAAAAGGAAGAGCAAAAAUUACGUAAAAGAUAUACUGGAUGCUUGUGGUUUCCACGCUGAUAUUGGAAUAAGGGUUCUUGAAGACAAGGCACUUGUAACGAUAACACACGAUAGGAUAGACAUGCAUGAUCUGAUACAAGAAAUGGGAUGUCAUAUUGUUAAUGAAGAAUCCCCAAGAGAGCCCGGUAGAAGGAGUAGGUUGUGGAAGUAUGAAGACAUCUAUCAUACACUCACAAAAAAAACAGGGACAGAAACAGUCGAGGCCAUAGUUUUGGUUUCUCAUAAAACAAAUGAGAUAUCCUUGAGUCCUGAUGCGUUUUCAAAGAUGAGCAAAUUGCGACUGCUCAAGCUUAGUAAUGUUCAGCUUCCUAAUGGUCUCGACUACCUCUCCAAUGAUUUACGCGUUCUUGAUUGGCACGGAUAUCCUUCAAAAUGCCUUCCGUCAAAUUUUCAACCGGACAGCCUUGUCACGCUAAAAAUGUCCAAUAGUUGCCUGAAACAACCUUGGAAUGGAAGAAUGUGCCUAGACAAGUUGAAACGCGUUGACCUCAGUUAUUCGCGAGGCAUAACCAAGAACUUAGAUUUUACACAGGUAUCAAAUCUUAAGGAAUUGAGUCUUGAAGGUAUGAACUUCGUUGAGAUCCACCCGUCCAUUGAAGCCAUCAAAAAGCUUAUGUUCUUAAAUUUGAGGGAUUGCAAAGAACUUACAAGUCUUCCAAGUGGCAUUUGUGGGUUGAAACUUCUUACAAGUUUGAUUGUUUCUGGCUGCUCAAAACUUAGCAAGUUGCCCGAGAACCUAGGAGGAUUGGAGAGAUUGCGGGAACUUCGUGCUGAUUUUACUGCUAUUAAGCAACCACUAUCCUCGACUAUACACCUGAAUGAGCUUAUGGUUUUGUCAUUUUUGGGAUGCAAGGGACCAGUAACAUCAACACCGCGGAAUUCGCUAUUAUCAUCAUUUCUAAUUCGGAAAAAACGUCAAGAUUCUAUGGGUUUUGAGCUACCUGCUCUAUCAAGCUUACGCUCUAUUUUUUUACUAGAUCUCCGUUGCUGCAACUUCUCAGAUGGAUUUCUCACAAAUGGCCUAGGCUCCUUAUCCUGUGUGCGCGAAUUAUACCUUAGUGGUAGCAACAUUAUUAGUUUGCCAGCAAGCAUUGAAGGUCUUUGCAGGCUUCACCGUCUUGAAUUGAUGGAUUGCAAGAAGCUUAAAACGUUGCCCUAUCUCCCGACAAAUAUCAAUUGCGUUAAUGCAAGUGGAUGCACAUCAUUAGAAACAUUGCCGGAUCCGCCUAUAUUGCCCAGAAAGCUUGGGAAGGUCUAUUUAAUGCAUUGUCAUACACUAGUAAAGAAUAGGCCCAGCCUCUCCCUUGAACUUUUCAGAAAUUAUCUUAAGGGUUUUGUUGAUUCCAAACACACUGGUUUUGUUUAUCCGAAAUGUACUAUUGUUGUUCCUGAAAGGGAGAUUCCAAAGUGGUUCAGGUAUCAAAAUAAUAUGGGGCAUUAUGUUGGAAUCCAGCUGAAGCCAGAUUGGUAUCAAAGGCUCAGGGGGUUUUUUGUAUGUGCUGUUUUUGAAGCAAAGGCUCCUUCAAUUUAUGUCGAAGUCAAUCUGGAAUGUUACGGGUUGCGCAAUGAUGUUGCAGUCUAUGCCCAGAAAAUCACCAUUUCCGGAACCGAUUUUCGGUCAGAUCACUUAUUUCUGGACUACGUGGCACUUGAAAGUUUUAAGAGGGAGAUGGAGGUUAAUCAUUUGAAAACUUUGACUGAGAUCUUCUUUUAUUUUAGUAGUAGUCGUGCUGAAAUGUUUGUCCCAGUAAAAUGCGCUGUUCAUAUGGUAUAUGAGGAUGACGAAGAACGACCAGAUUCAUGUGCAAGUAUCCAACAAAGUGAUGACUCUGAUGAGUUCCAAUGGAAGGGCUCCCAGUCUGAGUUAUCAGAAACUUCAAUUCAAAAUGUGCGAGAUUCAGCAACGUGGUCGAACAGAAAUCAUUUUGGAAGAUACUUUCCUAUGAGUAGAAAGUCAGUCUCGCUCCACUGGACUGAUGGGAGGUUGAAAUUCAUAAAAUUCGGUGGGCCUAUUGUAUUAUAGGUAGAAAAUCAUUCUGGCCCCGGUGGACUGAUGGGAGGAUGAAAUCCAUAAGAUCCAGUCAGCCAUGGGUACGUUGUGAGCACCAAGCUGUGCUCCAAGUGGAUUAGUCUUUUGUUCAUUUAUGAGUUAUAUUGAUGAUUAUUGUUA